GGUGCGUUUUCAAUCAAAGUGCAGGAAGUUGUGCUUUUGGCUUUUUCCUAGUGUAAGAUUUUGGGAAUCAUCACAUUCUGGGUUGAGGUUAGGGACGAUGAAGUCGGUGGUGGGGAUGGUGGUGUCUAAUAAGAUGCAGAAGUCGGUGGUGGUGGCCGUCGACAGGCUUUUCCACAACAAGCUCUACAACCGCUACGUCAAACGCACUUCCAAGUUCAUGGCCCACGACGAGCACAACCUUUGCAACAUUGGCGAUCGAGUUAGACUGGAUCCUUCUAGGCCACUAAGCAAGCAAAAGCAUUGGGUUGUUGCUGAAAUUCUGAAGAAAGCACGGAUUUAUGUGCCACCAUCCGCUGAUAACCCUGUGGGUUUAGAUAGCAAAACUGAAGUGCAAACUUCUUCAACCUCUUGAGCUUAGAUCAAAUUCAAUGUGCCUUCUGGGUCGAUAUACAUUUCUUUCAAGAUACCUGGAAAUCAAGAUAGCCAACUCCUAAAGAGUUGCUAAGAAAGGAGCAUUCAAGAUGGUUCUUUGUUUACUUCCAAUUUUGUAUGCUAUUCUGUUUCAAAAAUAGCUGGAACUCCAUUUUGGUAACUUGUUGAUGAUGAGAAUUGAUUUUUUUUGCA